UUAACAAAGUUGGAGAGGUUCUAAAAAUAUUCUCCUUCGUAAAACGUCGUUAAAUUUCAGUUUGUGAAGAAAUUCAAAGCGGUGUUCUUUUCUGAGCCAAUAUUUACAAUUUGGGAGAAAAAGAGAUUUACAAAACAUUUUGUUUGAUUUUGCCAUGUGUGAUUAACUCUCAAAAUGAAACUUUGGAUAAAGUUAUCGGGUCUACUGAAUUAAAUCAGAAUGUCCGAAGGGAAAACAACAACAGAAUUUGAUUACGGAAACGGGUAUAUUAACGUUUUUAUUCCUCGUGCUGAUGGAACGAUUGUUGAUCCGAGAAAAUUUCCUCCGCCUUCACCAGUUUUCACUCUUGAACAUAUUUACAAAUUCAGUGAAGAUGUGAAGAGAGACAGACAUUUGUUUUUAGACAGGAAACCAUAUUUUCAUGGCUUCUUUGGUGAAAGUCUAGAGCAACUGAGAGAUGAUGUUUCUAGAGGUGGAGACUCCAACCAGAACAGUAUAGAAAGGGAUAAUAAUGCAAAUGUCAAUGUGGUUAAACUUUCUAUCGAUGCAUCAACCAAAGCGAUCCCUAGAAUACGCGAUAAACGCUUUAAUGAACGUCUAAGUGCAUACGUUCGGAAGAAUGCAGCAGUAGAGAAAGCAGAAACAACAGAUCACAGUGUAAAAGAAUCCAAAACAUUAGCUGAGAAAGCCAACAACAUUUUGCAAAAGUCGCCAACACAGAAUUUAACACCAAGAAGACCUAAGAUUCGGCGCGGACUAACUUUCCAUACUGUGUCGCCCACAAAAAUGAGUACGGUACAGUUACCUAGACUUAACGCCUCAACUCCAUCUUUCUCAAAACAAAACACGAUGUUGACUUUGAAUACGGAAAGAACCAUGUGGUUUCCAGAUUAUGUGAUAGAGAAAACGUACAAUAAAUUUGGUUUGGGCAGGCCUCCCAUCCGACCGUCUUCCAAACCGAGCAAGAUAUGGCGACAAUCAACAGCACUUUUGCAAAGAGACAAGAUAUCGGUUAUGAAUAGGGCUAGGUCAGUUGAAGUAUACAGAACAAACAAACAAACCAGCAAUAUUAACAAUAUUCAACGAGAGCAAACAACCGCUUAAACAAAAGCAGGUUUUAAAUUAUGCUAAUAUAUAUUUCAAAUUUACUUUAUGCUGGAAUAUUCAGUUUAACUCUUGUUUGAACUUAUUUCGUGCAUUCGAAAAAUUCUUCCGAAAUAAGAACUGUCUGCAAAAUUAUCUAUUUUGAUAACCCGUCAACCUAAAGAGGAAAUGAAAGAUGAAAAAAACCUGAUCGUCUGAUAGAACUUGAACAUGGAAUAAACAUGUGGUGGUCCAUUGAGUGGAAGUACUAGUGUAUUUUCAUAGAGCGGUUUUGACAAUCCAAACAUCAAAAGAUUUUAACUCUGCUUGACAAAUAACUGAUUACGCGGGGGUUAUGUUAUCAAUUCAAACGAUUUAUAAACGUCUCGUUUCAAUGGAUUCUCUUCGGUGGCCCAUAAUUUAUAUUUCCAGAAUAACACAAUGUCAAGUGUCUAUAGACUACUUUCUGUUGGGAAAUUAGGUUCUUUGUGACAAUACGCUCUUGAAACCGACGAUUAAUGCGACAAAGCGCUGGGGAUAUGCUUAUCAAAUAAAUUGGCAAUAAAAUAUAGUUUUCAUAUAAAACUCACAAUGCCUUUAUUUUAUUGUUUUGUUUAAUGGAUUUUUGAGCUUGAAUACUGUUCGUUAUCUCCAUAUAUUUGACUUUAGGUGAAAUUCGAAGAAAACUACAUGUAUAAU